CGGCAGAGGAGGGGGCCGGGGCGGGAGGCGGAUCGCCGGGCCGCUGCCUCCCAGCGCCGCUCCUCCCGCUGCUCCCAGUGCCGCCGCGGCUGCAGCUGCCGGGGCACGGCCGAGCAUCCUCGGGCCGCCGGCAGCGGCAGGAGGCGGCAGGUGGCCCGGGGCUCGGCGUGGUGCGGCCCCAGCUCCUCGUCCCCAGCUCCUGGGGGUCGGGGACCGGCUGCGGGACCCCCCCCCCGUCCUCCCUCCCCGUCCCGUCCCUUUCCCCGGCAGCCCCGAAAGGGCGGGCGGAGAUGCCGGCAACGUGAGCGGGGAGCGGAGCCCCCCGGCCCCAGCCCGGUCCCAGCUCAACAUUCUCUACCUUGGAGGCUUUUUCUCUCCCUUUUGUUGAUAAAGAUGAGAAAAAAGUGGAGAUUGGAGGAUUUUCAUUUUAUCUUUUUUGGUGUGGUCUGUCUCCUUUUCGUAGAUGGAGGUAAACUAGAACAAGUAAAACAUUCAGAUACAUACUGUGUGUUUCAAGACAAGAAGUACCGUGUAGGAGAAAGAUGGCAUCCUUACCUAGAACCCUAUGGACUUGUUUACUGCGUUAAUUGUCUCUGCUCAGAGAAUGGAAAUGUACUGUGCAGCAGAAUAAGAUGCCCGAGCCUACACUGUCCUUCCCCUGUGCAUGUACCACAGCUGUGCUGCCCACGAUGCCCAGAGGACUCCCUUUUCUCAGUAAGCAGCAAAGUAACUGGGAAAUCCUGCGAAUACAAUGGCACCACCUACCAUCAUGGAGAAAUGUUUGUGGCAGAGGGGCUUUUCCAAAACAGGCAAGCAAACCAGUGUGCCCAGUGCAGCUGCUCAGAAGGAAAUGUGUACUGUGGGCUGAAGACUUGUCCCAAAUUAACUUGCUCUUUCCCAGUCUCUGUUCCGGAGUCCUGCUGUCCGGUCUGCAGAGGAGAUGGGGAGUUAUCCUGGGAACAUGCCGACGGAGACAUCUUCCGGCAGCCGGCCAACAGGGAAGCUAGACACUCGUACCACCGCUCCCACUACGACCUGUCACCCAGCUCCGCCAGGCAGGUGGUCAAUGUGCCACGGUUUCCCAGUGCCAGGAGUAACCGCGGAGUCCUGCCAGAUCCCCAGCAAGCAUCUGGAACAAUCGUACAAAUUGUCAUCAACAACAAGCACAAGCACGGACGAGUUUGUGUUUCAAAUGGCAAAACAUACUCCCAUGGUGAAUCUUGGCACCCUAACCUCCGGGCCUUUGGAAUCGUGGAGUGUGUGUUGUGCACCUGCAACAUCACCAAACAAGAAUGUAAGAAAAUUCAUUGUCCAGAACAAUAUCCCUGCAAAUACCCUCAGAAAGUAGAAGGAAAAUGCUGUAAAGUCUGUCCAGAAGAAGUGCCAAGUCAAAGCUUUGACAACAAAGAUUACUUCUGUGGGAAAGAGACAUUUCCCGUCUAUGAAUCCGUUUUCACAGAGGAAGGAGAAACCAUCAGAAAAAUUGCAGUAGAGACUGAAAAGCCACCCCAAAUAGAAAUACAUGUGUGGACAAUUAGAAAAGGGAUUCUGCGCCACUUCUACAUUGAGAAAGUGUCCAAGAGGGAAUUUGAAGAACUUCCCUACUUCAAGCAGAUAACAAGGACAACCCCUAGCCAGUGGAAAAUAUUUAGCGAGGGAGAAGCUCAGAUCAGCCAAAUGUGUGAAAGCAGAGUGUGCAGGACUGAGCUCGAGGAUUUGGUAAAGGUUUUGUACCUUGAGAAGUCUGAAAAGGGUCACUGUUAAGGGAGACAGCACUGGAGGGAGAAACACAAGAAAACUUAUGAAAACUUGGAUCUGCAGCUGGACUGCAGGCUUAUUUUGCUUAAGUCAACAGUUGCCCUAAAAACCAAAAACUAUAAUGCAGUAAUUAUUCACAUCAUGCACAGCAAAUUUGCUGCUUUAUGUGUAGUGGUCUGUGUCAACCAAUUCAAGUAUCUCCUCCAAAAGACUAUGAGUCUCUGUAUUACUGGUGGAAGAAGGAGAAAGAGAGACUGUACUUUCCCCGAAUUGCAGUUCUUUACUAGUUAAAAAAAAAAAAAGAAAACAGAACAUUUUUAUUAUUAUUAUUUGGCAAGUUAUUCAAACUAACGAAAAGAAGGACACCUAAUAAAUGUGCAGGAGCUAUGGAGAGCAUUAUUUCCUGUGCCGAGUUUAUACCAUUUCUGGUGUUGAAAUGACUCAUGGAUCUUUUUUAGUUGUGGAAGAAAAAUACAAGUGAUAAAAUACUUGUGUUGGAGACAUAUAAAACAGAUUUAAACUAACAAACUCCUAAGCAGCCUGCCUUUGGGAUGAUGUCUUGUAGUUGAGCAAACUGAGUCCAUAAACUGAACAGCAGGUGUUAGUGACAAUCACUAUAUUUUUGUAGCAACUUGAGCAAACGUUCGCUUUUAAGUGGUUUUCACUGUGUCCACCACCCACUUCUCUCAAAAAUGUAAGUAUUAGCUCCCUAUCACAGCCCUAAUAACUUCAUUCUUCUGGGCCCUAUUAAUGCACAGUCUUGGCUGAUAAACUGCCUUCUGCAGUGAUGUGAAAGAAGGUGGUGAAGUACUUGAAGCACUUUCAAAACUCCUGGAGGGUUAAACCUCCCAAUUAAUAACUCCUUAGAGUUGCCACAGUGCUUAACUUAUUUAUUCUCAUUUGUUACAAAACUAAUCUGCAUUUUUCUGAUGGUGGCCUCUCAGUUCUCAGGCUUCAAGGACAGACCUCUCCCGUGACAAAUAUCAAACAGCUACAGCAAGCCUCUAGAACACAGCGGACCUGUGAAAAGUGUUAUAUUGGUGAAAAAGAAAUUUGAGAUACUCUUAAAUUUAGUGUAGCAUGUCUACAGUGUGUUUAAGAAAGGUGGCUCCCAUCUCCAGAAAGAAAAGAAGUAUAAGGUCAUUACUUUAAAAACUGUUUUCUCUGAAUGUGAGUCACCAAAAUGCUGCACUGCCUCAUGGCUGCAGUGUUGGAUUAAUUCCCACAAAGCAAGUGACUCUGCCUGCUUUUGUCCCCUUUUUCUAUUCCACAAGAAGGAAGGAAUACUGCUGUUCAUACACACACUAGGAAACAAAGCUUUAUGGAAAUGGUUUGAGCCAGGGGCUGUGUCUUCAUAGGGAUUGAAGUCAAUACUGACAGCAAGGAUUUUGAGGUUUGUCAUCCUGCCAGUGACAGCACUGCAGGGGUGAACCCAUUUCUAAAGGGAUGGAGGUGUGAGAGAGCUGAGUGCUGAAUGCCAGAAGCUAAAGCCUGUUUCAGGCAAAGCUUCGCCACCCUGAGGGGAUGCUGGCAGCCUCCCUCUCAGCACAGGCCUGUCGGGCAGGCUGCUUCAUGGCACCCAGCCUGCCUCUGCCGCGGGCAGCAUCGGUAGGAGCGCAGCGCAGGGCUUCUCAGCAAAGAGGAGCGAAGUGAGAGGGACAGACAGAAAGUGACAGAAAAGCUGAAGGGAACUAGGAAAAUAACAUAUAGGGUGAUCCAGGACAUUGUGGCUCUCCAGUCCUCAGCAAUCUUGCCUCUAUAUAACCACCGCAUUGUCCCUAGGCCUGGUCAGAGCACAGAUAACACAUAGGAACAUUUCCUUCCCUGCCAAGCAUUCAACUCAGCCCACUGUGUAACAGGAAAACAUGCUAAAAAGGGAGCAUUCAGGUAGAUUUGCAGUAAUAAAACAUUCUUGCCUGCUAUCAGUAAGAGCCAAACCUCCUUGAGCCACAGUGUGGAGACCUGCUCCAGCGCGGGCUCCCCUUAGCCCACAGGGAGCUCCGGGCCUGGAGCCUGUCCUGCCCUGCCCUUGGGGCCAUUCCUCACACCAAACCCUCGCUGCCGGCAGCACUUUGCCCUCUCUGAAAUCCACUUUCCCCAAGGUGUUCCCAGGGUCACUGCUGGGCCCAGCUGGGGCCCUGUGGUGGGGCAGCUGGAACCAGCCGGCCCUGACUCUGACAGGCCUGGGGCAGCCCUGGCCUCUCCUCACAGCGCCCUGCAGGCCACUGGGCACGGACACCAACAUCACUGGUUAACGGGCACCUGGCCAUUAGAAGGCCCAUACCACUGUUCAUAACAGGAGAGCUAAGUGAAUCAUCCCAGCAAGUUUCUGUAGGAUCCCAGCCUCUGCCUCCAUAAAUGCUGUGUUGGUGUUUGGGAGGGGCGUAGAGCCUCCUAACCGGGGCCCCAAGACCUCAUGCAACGUAAUUAACUGUAGAAGCAGCAGCUUGGCAUCAGCAACACCCACAGCAUGCGGCAUCUAUUGGGUUGGAAUGUGCUGUAGAAGUGCUAAAUUUCACUAGAAAUCUUCUAACAAGUCAUGAAUUAAUCCUUUGGUGAAGACACUGUAAGGAAGACUUUCUGAGGAACUGUCGCGAUCAGGUGGGAAGACCAGCAGUUGUCUUCGCACCUCAUGGGCGUAGUCUGCUUGUAGCAGUAGCUGGUGAACAAAGACUAAGUGGAAAGUGUACAGUAUUGUGUUUUUUUAAGAAGAAGAAGGCAACCAGCUUUUUGUAUUUCUGACAGGACCAGUGGAGUCCAGAUUGUGUAUUUAUUUUAUAAUAAACAUGUUUAAGAAAAGCAAAAAAAAAUCAUAAGUAUCAUUUAGUAAAAUGCAGUGUUGCAUUUUUACAGUUCUGGUCACUUAAGAUAAUAAAAUACAGUGUCAUCAUGCUUUCAAUUCUCUUUGUGGGAUGUAUGUCUGUUACGGUACUUAUUUAUGUACUUGUAUCACUUUGACCUGGUUUUAUAAAUUAAUAAACUCUAAAGUUGUUAAUAAAGCAA